AUGUCUUCUUCUCAAGAUCCCCACCGCGAGGCGGACGAUGCCUAUGUGGAUGCUGAUGAGGCAGAGGAAAUCUUUCAGCGCGAUGAGGACCACCCCAUGGAUUCCGACGGCGAGGAUGGCGACGAGCCCAUGACCUUCGAGCAGGAGGAAAUUACCCUGGAGAACGACUCUUCCGCUCAUUUUGAUCUUCACUCAGACUCGCUUUUCUGCAUUGCUCAGCACCCUGUCCACAACUCUAUUGUUCUCACUGGCUCCGGCGACGAUACCGCAUACAUCUUCGACUCCACACCAAACACUGAGCGCCCUCUUCUCCCACAAAGUUACGAGUCGAACCCUCAACCGAAGAAGGAGCGGGUAUCCCUGCAGCCUAUUGCAAAGAUUGAAGGCCACAAGGAUACCGUCAACGCUGUUGCGUUCACUGAACCCAAGGGUGAAUAUGCCGUGACCGCAGGUCUGGAUGGCCAGCUGCGCGUAUGGCGCGAUACUACCCCCCAGUUGACCGGCCAGGCUUGGGAGUUUGUCGCAGAGGCGCAGGAAGUAGAGGAAAUUAACUGGCUUGCUGUUUGCCCAUGCGAGAAGGGCGAUGAGGAGAACAGCAAUGUCAUUGCUAUGGGAGCAAAUGACGGUAGCGCUUGGGUAUUCCGCAUUGACCACAACGACACCGCUCAGCCCAUCUCGAUCAUGCAGACCUUCUUCCAGCACACCGGAUCCUGUACCGCGGGUGCCUGGACACCCGAUGGAAAGCUGCUCGCGACCGUCUCGGAGGAUGGCAGCUUCUAUGUGUAUGACGUCUUUGGCGCUGCCGCCGCCGCCGGUAUCUCUUACUCUGCUGGUACUAGUGCCGUCGUCGGAUUGACCCCGGAGGACCAGCGGUUUGCGGUUGAUGGAGGACUUUACUCGGUCGCGGUUGCGCCAGGUGGUGGAUUCGCUGCUGUUGGCGGUGCGGAAGGUCAAAUCAAGAUUGUCGGUCUUCCUCGUCUUGCGGCUGGCGGGGCAGCAUCUAAAGCGAAGGGCAAGGCGGCCGCCUCUCAGUCAACCGGUGCUGCUGCUGGUACCAUCCUGGCCUCACUUCAGGCUCAGUCCGACGGCAUUGAGACUUUGUCAUUCUCUUCCCCUCCUCUGAGUCUUCUCGCUGCGGGCUCGGUCGAUGGAUCGAUUGCGCUGUUUGACACCGCCCACCGCUUCGCUGUCCGUCGCCAUAUCAAGGAGGCGCAUGAGGGUGCCGUAGUCAAGGUUGAGUUCCUUCAGAGUCGCUCCGCCCCCGCCUCUUUGCCUGCCCGUGGUCCGAUUGCAUCUGCUGCAUCUGGACAGGGCCAACCGUGGCUUCUCACUACCGUCGGCAUGGACGGUAUCGUAAGGCGGUGGGAUGCGCGCGGUGGUACGGCCGCUGCCGCACAGGGUCUGUUGAAGGAAUGGAAGGGCCAUUUGGGUCUCACGGAGAACUCGGAGGGUGAGCAAUCCGGUGGCAUUAUGGCCUUUGCCCAAAGUCUGGAUGGAAAGCGUGUUGUUACGGCCGGUGACGAUGGCAUCUCACUCGUCUUCGAAGAGUAA